CUUCCGGCGGCGGCGGCGCAGCUAAGCUGACUGCAGGGACUCCGCGGCGCGAUGCCCUACGCCAACCAGCCCACGGUGCGGAUCACCGAGCUUACCGACGAGAAUGUCAAGUUCAUCAUCGAGAAUACGGAUCUAGCGGUGGCCAAUUCUAUUCGGAGGGUCUUCAUUGCUGAAGUGCCCAUAAUAGCCAUUGACUGGGUGCAGAUUGAUGCCAAUUCCUCGGUCCUUCAUGAUGAGUUCAUUGCUCACAGACUCGGAUUAAUCCCCCUCAUUAGUGACGACAUUGUGGACAAGCUGCAGUACUCCCGGGACUGCACAUGUGAAGAGUUCUGCCCUGAGUGCUCGGUGGAGUUCACCCUCGAUGUGCGGUGCAAUGAAGACCAGACUCGGCACGUCACAUCCCGAGACCUCAUUUCCAACAGCCCUCGUGUCAUUCCGGUGACGUCCCGGAACCGAGACAAUGACCCCAAUGACUAUGUGGAGCAGGAUGACAUCCUCAUCGUCAAGCUCAGAAAGGGGCAGGAGCUGAGACUUCGAGCCUAUGCCAAAAAGGGUUUUGGCAAGGAACACGCCAAGUGGAACCCUACGGCAGGAGUGGCUUUUGAAUAUGAUCCAGACAACGCCCUGAGACACACGGUGUACCCCAAGCCAGAGGAAUGGCCAAAGAGUGAAUAUUCGGAGCUGGAUGAGGAGGAGUCCCAGGCACCCUAUGACCCCAAUGGCAAGCCAGAGAGGUUUUACUACAAUGUGGAGUCCUGUGGCUCUUUGCGCCCUGAAACCAUCGUACUCUCAGCCCUAUCUGGAUUGAAGAAGAAGCUGAGUGACUUACAGACUCAAUUAAGCCACGAGAUUCAGAGUGAUGUCCUGACCAUAAACUAGCUGCAACUCAGCUGUUUCAGCAAAAAAGGGGAAACAGGCCAGCAGCCAGCUGGACUUCAGGGCUCUCCUGACUUCUAGCCUUGGGGACUUCCAUUGCUGAAGCUUCUUGGUGGGCCAUCAGUACCAACGAGAAGGGUUGGCCCAUCCCAGCCUUUCUUGAUUGCAGAUAGAUUAUCAGGGAUGCUGCUAGAUAUUUGAGGCAGGCCAGUUCUUUACUGGACAUUUAGCAUCCUGGUUCCUGCUAAGUACCAGUAGUGCUAUCUGGAAACCAAAACAUCCCUUCCGCCUCAUUUCCUCCUGUGGCCCUAGGGGCCAUACUGCUUCCCCGCUGGGAACCACUCACCUGGACUUCCCUCUGCUCCUGCUCAUUCUAGAGCUUUACAGUGAUUAUCUUUCUGUCUAAAAGUUAGCAGUUGUACCUUAGGGUUCUGGUGCUAGGAUUUCAUGCUAGAAGGCCCAUUCAGGCUGCACAUAUACCCUUCCAGUCCCUUUCCCAGGGCCAGCCUACUGGCGCCUCUCUCAAAUUCCCAAGUUGCUCAUUGAUAAGUAACCCUUUGGGAAUAGUGUUAGACCCUGGUUGUCCCCCGCCCCCCGCCAAUAAACACAUUCUUUCAUUUUCUACCUA